AUGACAUUUGUAGGCAAAGUUGUCAAGACAUACGCAGAUACUGGCAUGUUUGUGAAGAACAAGUUCGGCGGCUGUAAGUUCGUUGUCAGGCACUUCGCAGGCGAGGUGGACUACGAUUGCGAGGGGUUCAUGGCCAAGAACGACGACAAGCUUCCCGCUGAAACGAUAGAGUAUCUGCAGAACUCCAGAGUGUCGGUGCUGAGCGACAUCGGAAACAAGCUCGCCGCGCAAUUGGACGGCGCUGCAACCCCUCGCGGAGGAAAGAAGAAAACGAACACCGUCUGCUCGCGCUUCCGAGAGUCCCUGGCGGAGCUUAUGACGAAGCUCGACGAGGCGCAACCGCACUUCGUGCGAUGCAUCAAGCCCAACCAGGAGCGAGUCAAGAACAAGUUCACCAGCAAGCUGGUGAUGGAUCAGCUGCUCUACUGCGGAGUGAUGGAGCUCAUCAAUAUCCACUGCUCAGGCUUCCCGGAGCAGCAUACUUGUGACGAGAUCAAGCACCACUACGAGCCCGUUCUGGGGCGGCGGAACCUGGUGAACCGAAAGGCGGAGGCGUACAUGUCGGCGCUGAAGAAGGAAUGGUCCUGGAGUCACCGACGCCCACUCUGUCCGCUGACGAGCUCGACCUCGGUGUCAAGAUCGGCAAGACCAUGGUGUUCAUGA